UCUCCCCGGCACCUUUGGACACUGAAUUUUCUCUCUCUCUCAAAAAGCUUCCACCUACCGGGAGUCCUUCAUUCUCCUACUCCUUUCUCCACCCCCCCCCCUUUUUCCUUCCUUUCCAAUCCAGCGCUGCAACGGUCGUGACUCGAUAUCUUCUCGACCGACAACCACCUCAUUGCCACCCAACUUGUACCUAUACAACUAAGAUGUCUUCUGUCGGCAAAAAGAGAAGAAUAAUUGUUUUAGACAGAAACGGAAACCGGAGGGAGACAGAGUCAGACGAAGACCGCGUUCCUCAUAAGAAAGUUAAGAAUGAUACUCUGGAGCAGCGCCGUGCGCGGUCGUCGCAGCACACGAAGAGUAGCUUCGAGGAGGAUCUGGGGAGACUCACUCAAGAAGUCAAUGAACUUAAAACAGGUAUGGUUGGGAAUUAGGUUUUUGUUUGCUACCGAUUGGUUUGUCUAAUUUGUGUGUAGGGGGACAAGAGCAAGACCAGCACUGGCCCCGACCCAAUCUACCAGAAAGUUGGAAUCCCGGUGAUGAAGAUUUGAUCUUUCAGCAGAUUGAGUGUGAUGAGGGAACAUUUAACGGGAAAACUACAAUUCAGCUGUUUGGUGUGACGGAGGUAAGCUGGACUCAAUUGGGUUAUUGCUUGCGGGCACAUCGGAAAAUAAAAUUGGAUUCUAAUAACGGCUUAUGAUCACAGACUGGCCAUUCGGUUCUCCUUCAUAUCACGGAUUUCCACCACUACCUUUACGUCGCGGCCCCGAUCGGAUUUACUCAGCAGCAUCUCCAGGGUUUCAGAGGAUUUCUUGAGGCCAAGCUCCAGAAUGGCUUGGAACCUGCAAUUGCUGGCGUCCAGAUUCUCUUGCGUCAGAAUCUCUAUGGGUUCAAUGGAAAUCAGCUGUCCCCGUACAUUAAGAUUGAUGUUACCGACCCAAAGCUCAUUCCUCGUCUACGGAGUUUGAUUGAGCAUGGAGAUGCAAAUUAUCAAAAGAUGUGGCCUGCCGAGGAUGGGGGCCUAAAGACAUUUGACGCAAUUCAGUAUGUGAUGAGGUUCAUGGUCGACACAGAGAUAUCCGGAAUGAGUUGGGUGGAGGUUCCUGCUGGAGAAUACCACUUGGUUGGUCGGAGGGAGAAACAGUCGAACUGCCAGAUUGAGGCGACGGUUAACUUCAAGAAGUUAAUUGCCCAUCCCUCGGAGGGAGAAUACCAGAAGAUGGCUCCAUUGCGGAUUCUGUCCUUCGACAUCGAGUGUGCUGGGAGGAAGGGAAUUUUUCCCGAUGCAGAGGUGGAUCCUGUCAUUCAAAUUGCUAAUAUGAUUACGAGAUACGGCGAGAGCAAACCAUUUAUCAGAAAUGUCUUCACUCUAGGGACAUGUGCGUCUAUCGUGAAUACACAAGUCCUAUCAUACAAAAAUGAGGGUGAAAUGUUGCUCAGUUGGAGUGAUUUCUUACAUCGGGCGGACCCGGAUGUCAUCAUUGGUUACAAUAUUGCCAAUUUUGAUUUCCCUUAUCUGCUUGAGCGCGCGAAGAACCUUAAACUUGUCCGGUUCCCCUAUUGGACACGACUCGGGCACGUGAAAUCGGAAGCAAAGGAUUCCAACUUUUCCAGCAAACAGAUGGGGAACCGCGAUACGAAAGCAACCAACACCGAUGGCCGUCUCCAACUCGACUUGUUGCAGUUGGUCCAGCGUGAUUACCAGCUUCGUUCGUAUACUUUGAAUUCUGUUAGUGCCCACUUCCUGGGCGAGCAGAAGGAAGACGUGCACCACAGUAUGAUCACUGAACUACACAAUGGUACUGAGGACUCAAGACGUCGUCUCGCUGUGUAUUGUCUUAAGGAUGCUUAUCUUCCGCAGAGAUUGAUGGAUAAGCUCAUGUGUUUGGUCAACUAUACAGAGAUGGCUCGUGUCACGGGUGUUCCAUUUAAUUACCUGCUGUCUCGCGGACAGCAGAUUAAAUUCAUUUCACAGCUAUACAGGAAGGCUAAGGAGCAAAAAUUAGUGGUACCAAACCUCCUACCCCAUGGGGGUGAUGAGCAGUACGAAGGAGCAACAGUUAUUGAGCCAGAGAAGGGAUAUUACGAUGUACCGAUUGCGACUCUCGAUUUCGCAAGCUUGUAUCCUAGUAUCAUGCAAGCGCAUAACCUUUGCUAUACGACUCUUGUUAAGAAGGGUACUUGUGACCGACUCGGCCUUCAAAAGGACAUUGAUUACGAAAUAACACCAAAUGGCGAUCGUUUCGUUAAGGCUCAUAGACGCAAGGGGAUGGUGCCAUUGAUUUUGGAGGCCUUGCUUGGAGCAAGGAAGAAGGCAAAAGCGGAUCUCAAGAAAGCGACCGAUCCUUUCGAGAAGGCCGUUUUGAACGGUAGACAAUUGGCCUUAAAGAUCUCGGCCAACUCUGUUUAUGGCAUCACUGGUGCGACGGUGGGGAAGCUGCCAUGUUUACAGAUUGCAUCAAGCGUUACGGGUUACGGUCGUCAAAUGAUUAUGCGAACAAAGGAGGAGGUUGAAAAAAGAUACACCAUUGCUAAUGGAUAUACCCAUGAUGCCAAGGUCAUAUACGGAGACACGGAUUCCGUAAUGGUGAAGUUUGGGCCCAAAGAUCUUCCUACUGCCAUGGAGCUCGGAACAGAAGCCGCGGAAUUCGUCUCACAGAAAUUCAUUACUCCUAUCAAGCUGGAAUUUGAAAAGGUGUACUUUCCGUAUCUGCUUAUCAAUAAAAAGCGGUAUGCCGGCCUUUACUGGACGAAUACCGAGAAGCACGACAAGAUGGACAGUAAGGGAAUUGAAACAGUUAGACGAGACAAUUGCAGACUGGUUCAAGUUUGUAUCGAGACGGUCCUGAGAAAGCUUUUGAUUGAUCAAGACAUCGAAGGGGCCCAGACGUGUGCAUUCCUGUCCUUGACUGAUGGAACUAGGUUUGGUAUGCUAAUUAGCAGUUUGUAGAUAUGUCAAGAAUUUGAUUUCGGAUCUUCUCCAAAACCGCGUUGAUAUGAGUCAGUUGGUAAUCACAAAGGCUCUUUCAAAGAGCGAUUAUACUGCCAAGCAAGCGCAUGUGGAGCUCGCCGAGAGAAUGAGGAAACGUGAUGCUGGUAUGUGGUUCCUUGAAUUUUAGGGUGGUGUGUUUUAACGGAGGUAAUUGCGUGUGACAGGUUCUGCGCCAACCCUUGGAGAUCGUGUCGCCUAUGUCAUUGUGAAGGGCGCAGGUGGUGCAAAGAAUUACGAAAAAUCCGAGGAUCCAAUUUUCGUGCUCGAGAACUCUGUUCCCAUUGAUACCAAAUACUAUCUUGAGAAUCAGCUUUCGAAGCCCCUGGGCAGAAUUUUCGAGCCCAUCAUUGGUGAUAGGAAGGUCCAGCAGCUGUGUGCGUACCCCGUUCUAAUAUUCCAUACUACUAAGUUUAGUGAGUUCUAAUAUUUUAUACAUAGUGACCGGUGAUCAUACGCGCACCAUCUCAGUUUCAGCACCCGCAGUCGGCGGACUCAUGAAGUUUGCUAAAAAGACGGAAACAUGCAUGGGAUGCAAGAUCCCGCUCACAAAGAAGGAAGAGUCUGGUGCUGCUGUUUGCUCAGAUUGUGAAUCUCGAUUUGGCGAACUGUAUCAGAAGACUGUAACUAGAGUUUCUGAUUUAGAGGUCAAGUUCAGCAGACUCUGGACGCAGUGUCAGAGGUGCCAGGGGAGUAUCCAUUGCGAGGUCAUUUGCAGUUCUCGGGAUUGCCCGAUCUUUUAUAUGAGAAUGAAGGCGAAGAAGGAUGUUGUUGAUGCUGGAAAGGACCUGAAGAGGUUUGAUGUCGACAUUAGUUGGUAGUGGGGGAAUUUGUUUGACUUGUGGAAUAUUCAUAUAUUAUGCUUUCUUUUCUUAUCUUUUUUUUUCCAUGCCUCAUUUCCUUGCUCUAUCAUACCUGCUCUGCCUCUUGGCUUUACUUUUCUCUUUUUCUUUUCGUGCGUCAUUUCAGUGCUCUAUCUGCCCUACCUCUUGGGUUUAACUUCCCAUAGUUUUCUCUCGCUUUUUUUUUGCCUCAUUAUUGCACUGCAUACGUAUGGGUGGGGGGGUUAAGGUAUUCAGGGAGAUGGUUCACUUAGAAUGACAAUAUUCAUUAAUGCACCUGACAUGACUAAC